UUUCCCAUUUCAGACCCCAUCAGUAAUAACCAAAUUUUGGGGGAUUUUUGGGCACAUUCUUUCAGGGUUUUUUUUUCUUUUUUCCCUGGAUAUUUACAAACCUUCCAAGUUCAGAGCUGGAAGGAAGAACCAAGCCACGAUUUACCUCCAAUUUAUGGGAAUUCCACAGAGCCACUCUUUAAUCCCAUUUAUUUCCCAUUCCACUCACCCCAUAAUAACCGAAUUUUUGGGGAUUUUUGGGUGGAUUCUUUCAGAUUUUCUUUGCUUUUUUCCCCUGAAUUUCUCCCCGUUUCCCGCCCAGAUGCCAAAGGGACGAUCCGGGAGAUUGUGCUGCCCAAAGGGCUGGACCUGGACCGGCCCAAGCGGACGCGGACGUCCUUCACGGCGGAGCAGCUCUACCGCCUGGAGCUGGAAUUCCAGCGCUGCCAGUACGUGGUGGGCCGGGAAAGGACGGAGCUAGCCCGGCAGCUCAACCUCUCCGAGACCCAGGUCAAGGUGUGGUUCCAGAACCGCCGCACGAAGCAGAAGAAGGACCAGAGCAGGGACUCUGAAAAACGCUCCUCCGCCACCUCCGAGUCCUUCGCCACCUGCAACAUCCUGCGGCUGCUGGAGCAAGGCCGCCUGCUGUCCGUGCCGGCCCCUCCGAGCCUGCUGUCCCCCGGUUCCAGCCCCGCGGGGAGCGGCAGCGGCCUGGCCACGCCGGGCCCCGCGUCCCCGGGGCUGGCGGGCGGCAGCAGCCCCCCGGUACCGCCGGCUUUCAGCCUCCACCUCCCUUCUCUCGCCUCUUCCUCCUCAUCCUCAUCGUCCUCGUCGUCGCCGCGGCUGCCGGGGAGGCCGCUGAGUUUUGGGGGGCCGCUGCUGGGCAGCCUGCACGAUCUGCCCGGUGCCUACGGAGCGGGAGCGUCCGCGUUCGAGCCUUACACGCGGCUGGAGAGGAAGGACAAUUCUAUAGCCAGCAAGAAGCCGAGCUCUUAAAACCCACCCAAAACACAAAAACCCAUCCAACCCCACCCCAAAGUGUCAAAAAGUGUCACCUCACUCCCCUCCCAUCCCAAUCCUGAGUUGUCCCAGCCCGGAAUUCCCGGAAUUCCCGGAAUUCCAUGCCGUGGGAACGGCGGCUCCCCGGUGCUGGAGCCUCGGGUGUCCCCCAGGGGUGGCUCGGGGGGGUUUUGUGUCACCAAAUCCCCGCUCCGGGGGGCAGGAGCAGCCUGGGGGGGGCAGGGGGGUGUUCCUUCCCUGGGGGACAAAAGGGACAGCGCGAGGUUCUGUCCCCGCCGUGUCCUGGGAGAAGCGCCGUGCCUCAAUUUCCCCGCCCGCGCCGUGUCCUGGCUGAGGUCACCGUGGGUGCUCCGGAAGGAGGAGGAGGGGGGGUUUGUCCUCUGAGGGUGGCUCCGGUGGCCUGGGUGAUGUCCCCAACCCCGCCGGUUGUCCCCGCGAUGGGGACAAGCCACCCCUGGGACACCCCCAGGCUCCUGCAGACCCCAAAAACCUCCCCGCGCUCCCUUUUGGGGCCGCCCCACCCUGACAAACCCCCCAGGGACCCCCCCGAGGUGUCCCAACCCCGCCAGGGGACAGCAGUGACAGUGACACCUCAAACCCGCUCUGGGGUGGCACCGCGGUGACGCCACCCUGGCACCGCCACACCCCCUGUGUCACCCUGUCACAGCCAGGUCCCUUCCCAGAGCUGCUGUGUCACCCCCCAGGGUGACAGUGGCUUCCCGCGGGGCUGGCCGUGGGGCUGGGGACAGCGGGGACUUGGCAGGAGGUGGCCCUUGGGGAGAGUGGCAGCGCCCUGAGGUGGCACCACCUUGUCCAGGACACCUCGGGGUGUCACCACCUUGUCCAGGUGUGCUGGGGUGGCAUCACUUGGUCAUCCUGUGGUGGCGUUGUCACCCCGGGGUGUCACCACCUUGUUCAGGACACCCUGUGGUGGCAUCACCAGGUACUCCACGAUGUCACCACCUUGGUCAGGCCAUCCUGGGGUGUCAUCAUUUUGUCAUCCUGUGAUGGCAUUGUCACCUUGGGGUGUCACCACCUUUUCAGGACACCUUGGGGUGCCACCACCUUGUCCAGGUGUCCUGGGGUGCCACCACUUUGUGUAGGACACUCUGUGGUGGCAUCACCAGGUACCCCACAGUGUCACCACCUUGUCCAAGUCUCCUGAGGUGCCACCACAUGCAGAGGUGGCACCACUUUGGGUGUCCUGGGGUGUCACCACCUUGUCCAGGACAUCCUGUGGUGGCAUCACCAGGUACCCCACGGUGUCACCACCUUGUCCAGGUGUCCUCAGGUGCCACCACCUUGUCCAGGACAUGCAGAGGUGGCACCACUUCAAGUGUCCUGAGGUGCCACCACCUUGUCCAGGACACCUUGGGGUGUCACCACCCCGAAGUGCCACC